AUGGCAACCCGCAAGGGAUUGCUCCCCGUCACUCCGGCCAGCCUGGCGCCGGCGGAGCUCACUCAACACCUUGCCGACAUCGAGCAGGAUGCCACACCGAACCUCACCAACGAUGACCAGCGCCGCGGCGGCGACCGCAUCAAGGCAAUCCGCAAUAGCCUGCUCCGCUUCUUAGGAAUUCCCCCUCCUUGCUCACCCACGGAUUCCGUGACGCGCUUCGUGCCGACCUCGUCCGUUAGCUCUUCUUCCAGCUCCUCCAGGGCCUCAUCUCGUUCGCGCGAUGAGCUACGCGCCGACAUGCGCCGUGUGGUGCCGCCGGCCGAGCUUCCAUCCACUAGCCACCAGAUCGCCUCAGGCAAGCCCUGGCCUAAGGGCAACAACCUUUUCCCCUCGCCUAGCACUGGUCACUCGCGCAGCUCAAGCGACGCCUCGAAGUCGACUCAAAUGUCCUUCACUCUCGCCACGGUGCCUGAGCUUAGUCCCAGCAAGAGCGAGAGCCGCUUCGACACGACUAGCACGCGCAAGCACGUUAGCUUCGCGCCCACUCCCGCUGAGGCGAAGAAGCCGGAGCGCGCCCUGUACGGCCCGCUCGAAGUCGACAGUGACUGCUUCUCCUUCGGCUCUGAUUCCUUCAGCUCUGACUCCUUCAACCGCGUCCCGGACGUCACCGCCGUCGAGACCACCAGGCAGGACCCGCUGCUCUUCAGCAACAUCAUCAACAAGACCGACGCCGUCUUCACUGGCGAGCCCAUAAUCCUCAACCACCCGGUGGAGAUCGAUGGCUGCGGCUUCAACCCCGUUCACGUGCCCUCAAGCCUGGAGAUCCGCGAAAGGAAGGCCGCCGAGGAAAAGCGCAGGCUGGAAGAGGAGAAGAAGUGGAUGAAGCUGCAGGAGCACAGGAAGGCACAGGCCGCUCUGAGGGAGCGCCAUGCCAUCGCCAGGGAAUGGCGCGAAGAGAACAAGAUGACCGAGGGCGUGAAGACGCCGCCGGGUUUUCCCAGUCGACAGGGCAACCCGCUCGCCCCGCAGCAUCAGCCGCUCGUCAUCGAGGAGGGCUUAUUCAUGAAGCAGCGCAUUGUCGUGGACGAAUGCAAGUCCCUCAGGUAUGCCUCAGCCCUUCGCCCUGCUAAUAAACAAUCCGCGCUGACCCUCGGCCUCAGCAACCUGACCGUCCUUACUCGCGGCCCUAAGAGCGACUCUGCCAGCGGCAGUUCCGAGCGCAGCUGGAAGACUUGCUCCUGUUCCGCAUCCCCUCCCGCGAUCCCCAUCGACGGCGUCCGCAAGCCCGGCAUCUACCUUCCCGCCUCCGACUCACGCAACCACAUUGGCCGCGAUGAUGGAGAGCAUGGCAACAACCACACCUCUCCGGACUACAUUGCUCCCGAGGGCCCGGUCCACAACAAUGCCCUAGGCAUUACGGGCGACGAGCAGUACGACCACGAGAACAGCUGCGCACUCGAGAGCUGCAGCACCGUCGGCUUUUCUGCCGGUGGCCGUCGCUACUUCUGA